CUCAGCGCGCGCUCAAACCAGUAUUCAAAGUGCUUUCGUGAAGAGAGAGAGAACACCAGCAAAAACUUAAUACGAAACCAUUAAAUAAAUCUGUUUGUAAAUAUUUAAAAAAAGAAUCUGCAAUUAUGAAAUCAAUAAAAAUCAACAAUAUCAUCAUCAUUAGUAGGACAAUUGUCGUGACAGUUCUUGUCUGUUUGCCUACAUUAUCAAGAGCUAAUGAUGUCUCUUCAUAUCUUUCGGACAAUUAUGUAAACGAUUCUCUCUCAGGCUUAUGCAAAGACGCCAUUCUGUCUUUAAACUUUGCAAAUACAAAUAUCGAUAUUAACUCUGAUUUUAUCAGCAGUCCAUUUAUUACUUGUCUUAAUCUUACGGGCAAUCAUAUUAAUUUUGCACUAGAUGCCUUUAGAGAACUUCCAAAUCUAACUACUCUAUUUCUUUCUAAACUUAAAUGCAACUCUGGUAUUCACUUAGAUGGCCACGAGAAAUUAAAAGUUUUUCUUAUGAACGACUGUAAGAGUAAUUCACCUGAUGACUAUUCAUCUAGAUACUAUCCAUCUAGAUAUGGCUAUUCUGAUUAUUCAAAUGUACGUUCUAAACAGACAGUCUAUAUUAAUGGAAAUUAUCAAGACUUAGAAAUUUUAUCUCUUAGAAACAACAAUAUAGAAAAUCUACGAUAUUCUACAACUCGUUUUACGAUAGUCUCCUCAUCAUCAAACAGUUCGAUUACUCCAAAUGUACAAAAUAUUCCAUUUCCAAAACUGAGAAUUCUGGAUCUUUCUAAAAAUGUAAUAAACAAUUCCACUUUUGUGGAUUUGUUACCUAUACAUAGUCUAAGUUUUCUUGAUCUUUGUGAGAACUCGCUUGAAUCUUUAAAAUUAAAUAAAAAAGGAGAAAAUGUGCAUACAUUGAUUUUAGACAGCAAUAAGAUAGAGUAUGUAGCGUGGCAAUCUGCUAAAUCGAGUCUCGAUCUCAUUGGCAUGACAUCUUUGACAUAUCUUUCUCUUUUCAAUAAUCGCAUUAACGAUAUCCAGUCAAAUGCUUUCAAAGAUACAAACAGGUUAGAAUUUUUGAAUCUAUCCAAAAAUGCUAUAGAGACUCUGUAUCAAUACACAUUUGCAAAUUUGAAUUACUUACAGACAUUAGAUCUGAGUUUCAAUCAGAUAAAAAAUAUAACAACUCAACUUUCAAAUGAAAUAAACAUCAGUACUUUGUUAUUAAACUACAACAAAAUGAAUAAAAUAACUUUAAACGCUUUCAUUCAAUUUCCGCAGUUAAAGAAAUUGUAUUUAGAAAAUAAUGAUAUAGAAUGGAUUGAUACUAAAGCAUUUAGUCAGCUUUCUAUGCUGGAAGAAUUGAGUCUGUCGAACAAUAAGUUGAGUUUUCUGCCAGAAGGAUGGUCUGAAUCUUUGAUAUCUUUAAACUACUUGAAUUUAAACAAAAAUAAGUUUACUUCGCUGGAUUCAUUGUCUUUAACAAAUAAAAUACCACUUACACAAUUGUAUUUUAUGAAUAAUUCGUUAAAAUAUUUAAGCAAUGAAAUAUUUAAACAGUAUAUUACAUAUUUGCCACAAAAUCUUCAUCCGAUUACUUUAAAGAUAUUAGACUACCUACUUAAAACUGCCGAUAUUUUACCGAAAUCAAUAAAAAACAACAAUAUUACCAUCAUUGGUACGAUCGCAGUUCUUCUCUGUUUCUUUACAUUAUUAAAAGCCAAUGAUGUCUCCCCGUAUCUUUGGAGAAGCUAUGUAAACAAUUCCUCAGAUGAUUGUGAGAACAACAUUAUCUCUUUAAACUUUGCACAUACAAUCAUCAAUAGCAUUGGUGAUGAUUUUAUCAGCAGCUCAUUAAUAACUUGUCUUAAUCUUACGGAUAAUCAUAUUACGUAUCUCGCAGACAAUGCCUUUCGAAAACUUCCUAACUUAACUACUCUGUUUCUUUCUUAUAAUAACGUCAAAUCCAAUAUUCACUUAAGUGGCCACGAAAAUUUAAAAGUUCUUAUUAUGGAUAGCUAUAAAUCUUACGAGAAUUAUUAUAAAUCAUUUGAACAACGGAUUGACGGAAAAUAUCAAAACUUAGAAAUUUUAUCUCUUUCUGAAAACUACAUAAGAGAUCUAGUAUAUUCUCCAUAUGAAAGUGAUAAUAUGUAUAAAUUAUCUUCUCAAAAUUUGAUGUCUCUGAGGUUAGAUAUUACAUUUCCAAACUUGAAAUUCUUAGAUCUUUCUAGAAACAGAAUACAAACAACCAAGUUUGUAAAUCUGUUACCUAGAAAUGGCCUGAGUUUUCUCGAUCUUCAUGAAAACUCGCUUCAAUCUUUACACUUGUAUAAAAAAGGAGAGGAUGUGUGUACAUUGAUCUUAGAUAAUAAUGAGAUAAAGUAUUUAACUUGGCAAUCCGGCAAUCAAUGGAGUCUCGAUCUCUUUAGCAUGAAAUCUUUAAGAAUUCUUUCUAUUUCUAUGAAUUCCAUUACCGAUAUUCAGUCAGAUGCUUUCCAAGAUACAAACAAGUUAGAAUUUUUGAAUCUGUCUGGAAAUGCUAUAGAGACUUUGCAUAAAUACACAUUUGCAAACUUAAAGUACUUACAAACAGUUGAUCUUAGUUUCAAUCUAAUCAAAAAUAUACCUCACUUUGCAAAUGAACUAAACAUUAGUACUUUGUUUUUACACCACAACAAAAUAACUACAAUACGUCCGAACGUUUUCAUUCAGUUUCUGAAAUUAAAGAAAUUAUUUCUGGAAGGAAAUGAUAUAGAAUGGAUUGAUACUAACGCAUUUAGUCAACUUCCUAUGCUGGAGAAAUUAAAUUUGUCGAACAAUAAGUUGAGUUCUCUGCCAGAAGGAUGGUCUGAAUCUUUGAUAUCUUUGAAAUAUUUGAAUUUGUGCAAAAAUAAUUUUACUUCGCUAGAAUUAUUGUCUUUAUCAAGUACAAUAUCAUUAAGAGACCUGUAUCUCAUGAAGAAUCCGUUAAAAUAUUUAAAUAUUAGUUACUUCGAAUAUUUGCCACAAAAUCUUACUGUACAUUUAUUAGAUUAAAAAGUAAAAUUGAUAUACUACUUGAAGUAUACAAAAAUAUAAAUUUACUACUUAUUGUUAGUUAAAAAUAUGAUACUACUAGAUAAUUGUUAAAUAAUAAAUAAUUGUUAUGUAUUUUUACCGACAAUUGUUUGUAUUAAAAAGUAGAAAAACUAUAAUGUAAUGGUCGAAACGUCUGUAUCUUAUGAAGAAAUAAAAACAAAUAUUUGUUGCACAUUGUACACUAUGUUCGGCUUCUGAGGAAUGUUAAUUUAUAUCAUACAUUGUAUUAAGAAUAUUAAUAGUUUACUAAUACAAACCUCAAAGUAACAGUGUACUUUU